CUUUCCUCUUUUCUCUACGUGUUGGGAAUGGUUGCUGUUGACGUCAGUAAUGUAGGUCAUGGUUUGUGUGUGAGAUGAUAAAACCAUACGGAAAUAAAGCCUAUUCGAUUGCUUAGUGCAGUUUUGUGUUGUAUAGUGAAGUUAAUGCUAUAUCUAGUGCAAUGAACAAUCACUUAGAUCCCCGAAGACCUGAUAAAGAAGUCAGGUACAAACCUCCAGUACAGAACUCUCAAAAUGGCCAGGGGGAAGACCUGACUCCUGAUUAUAUGAAUAUAUUGGGAAUGAUCUUCAGCAUGUGUGGACUGAUGAUGAGAUUGAAAUGGUGUGCCUGGGUUGCCUUAUAUUGCUCCUGUAUUAGCUUCGCAAGUUCACGCGUUAGUGAUGAUACUAAACAAAUACUUAGCAGUUUCAUGUUGUCGAUAUCAGCUGUAGUCAUGUCGUAUUUGCAAAAUCCACAACCAAUGACACCACCUUGGACAACAGUUUUACCAUGAUGGUUGUUAACAUAGGAACUUCAGAAGGAAAAUUCUGCUGUAGUGUGAUCAAUGAAUUGUGCAGUGCUAUGCACACCUGUAAAAAUGUUUUAUAUAACAGUAGUUGGUAUUUGAUAAAUGCCGUGGUUACAACAAAGUACAAUUAAGACUCAAAAUAAUGACGAUAAUAAGACAACGAUCAUUGCAUUGUAAAUAAUAAAACACUGUUGACAAUGUUUCAUUGUAUUUGUUGAUAUAUAUGGAUUUAAAAACAGAAA